CAAUGAUACGCUGGAUCACACCGCAUCAGCCCCUCCUGGGCCGUAUAUACCGGGGCAGUAGAACGUGCCCCUUUCGAGCGACAGCUCGAUCGGAAGAGAGAGAGAGAGGGAAAGUAAGCAAGGGAGAAAAUCAGAGGAAGUGGAGAGAUGGGAGCCUCGCAGUCGUCGCCCAAGGAGACUUCCAUCCAUCAAUUCACAGUCAAAGAUAGCAGCGGCAAGGAGGUUGAUUUGGGGGUUUACAAGGGGAAGGUUCUUCUCGUUGUAAAUGUUGCUUCCAAAUGUGGUUUCACAGAUAGCAACUACACGCAGUUGACAGAACUCUACAGCAAGUACAAGAACAAAGAUUUUGAGAUUUUGGCAUUUCCAUGCAAUCAGUUCCUGCAUCAGGAGCCUGGUACGAGCCAGGAGAUCAAAGAGUUCGCUUGCACAAGAUUUAAGGCUGAGUAUCCGAUUUUCCAGAAGGUUCGAGUAAAUGGUCCGGAUGCUGUACCUGUUUAUAAAUUUUUGAAGGCAAGCAAAUCUGGUCUCUUUGGAUCGAGGAUUAAGUGGAACUUCACUAAAUUUCUUGUUGAUAAGGACGGAAAAGUUAUCGCCAGAUACGGGACAUCAACACCCCCAUUGUCUAUCGAGAAAGACAUACAGAAAGCUCUUGGUGAAAUAUAAAAGUCUUCAGGUUUACUUUUGCUUGUGAGAUACCAGAGUCAUUUUCACUGUGCCCUCUGUCUAUGUGAUUAUUUUUAUUUUUGUGUUAUUGUAAGGUAAUGCUCUACUUUCCAUGUGCUUAUUUUGUAUCUUCUGUAAUAGUACCAACUCAAUAUCGAAGUGUCUGCUGCUUAUGAACAGUAUUAGCAUUUGGAAGCUCUUCUUUUUUUUUUUUUUUUUUUUUUUUUCCAUGUAAAAAUGUAGAGUUGAACUUAUCAUAUGUGUUUAUCAAAGUGAUCGCUUAUAAACAGUACUAGCGGUUGGAAGCUCAAGCUUUUUGGAGUAAAAAAA